ACGUAGCUGCCCUCCGUCAGAUUGUGUUGAUGUUUUGUGGACUGGACGGCUGGAGAAGAGGGAAGAGGGAGACGCGUUUUGUUUUUGUUCAACUUAACCGUCGAAAAGGAACCGAGUUGUUGUUUCUGUCGCCCGUUUCGGUUCGUUAAGAGCCUAAGCUCGGUCACUGGAGCCCAACGGUCGGGCCGUUGGGCGAAUACACCGAAGCAUUUGAUCUAGAAAGGGAGGACUCGUCACCCUCUGACCCCCUCCCUCACACAUAUACACACACACACACACACACACACACACACACACACACAUACAUAUAUACACACACACACACAUACCACCAUGACGAUCCUCCCGAAGAAGAAGCCCAGCGCCGGGGUUGGAGUCUCGGACCACGCCGAUGACAGCGACCGUCGGAGUGGCUCCGACCCACACCAACACCCACACCCGCACCCGCACGCAGGGCGUACCGGAGCCCGACCGAGGGCUUCACCUCCGCCGUGGUCCUACCAGCCCGCUCCGCCCUCCGCGAGGGACGACCGGCGGAGCAUCGAGGCGAGCUCGCGGCCCCAGCAGGCCUCUCCGCCGCCCGUUGGCUCUGUUUCCCCGGUAGGGCCGGCUGACAGUCGGGACAGCAGCGGCGCCAUGGUGGCUGGACCCCGCGGGGAGCUCGUAGUGUCGGCUGGUGUCGUCGGGUGCGGGGGAGGCAUCGGCAGCUGUUGCUCCGGGCCCGGGCUGAGCAAGAGGCGGCGGCAAGCAGGCACCUGCUCCGGCGGGGUGGCGGCGGCGCUGGCCGGCGGAGGCCAGCCCGGGGUGACCGGACCGGGAGGAGUGGGCUCCAGCCAGGACACGGAGGAAGGAGCCGGGAACAAUAGCGAGGACGAGUACGAGAAUGCCGCCCGGCUGCAGUCCAUGGACCCGGCUACAGUGGAGCAGGAGCAUUGGUUUGAAAAAGCUCUGGGGGAAAAGAAAGGCUUCGUCAUCAAGAAGAUGAAGGAGGACGGAGCGUGCCUGUUCAGAGCCGUGGCGGAUCAGGUGUACGGGGAUCAGGACAUGCACGAAGUGGUCCGGAAACACUGUAUGGACUACCUGAUGAAGAACGCUGACUAUUUCUCCAACUACGUGACAGAGGACUUCACCACAUACAUCAACAGGAAGAGGAAAAACAACUGCCACGGCAACCACAUCGAGAUGCAGGCGAUGGCUGAGAUGUACAACAGACCGGUGGAGGUGUACCAGUACAGCACAGAGCCAAUCAACACGUUCCACGGCAUCCACCAGAACAACGACGAGCCAAUCAGAGUGAGCUACCACCGCAACAUCCACUACAACUCGGUGGUGAACCCCAACAAAGCCACGAUCGGGGUCGGACUGGGACUGCCCGCCUUCAAACCAGGGUACGCGGAGCAGUCGCUGAUGAAGUCGGCCAUCAAGACGUCGGAGGAGUCGUGGAUCGAGCAGCAGAUGCUGGAGGACAAGAAGCGAGCGACGGACUGGGAGGCGACCAACGAGGCCAUCGAGGAGCAGGUGGCCCGGGAGUCGUACCUGCAGUGGCUGCAGGACCAGGAGAAGCAGGCCCGACAGCCCCGUAAGGCCAGUGCCACCUGCAGCUCAGCGACAGCGGCCGCCUCCAGCGGACUGGACGACUGGAGCGCCCGGUCGCCACGGCAACGCGACUCCGACCCCUCCCACUCUCACUCCCACUCCGACCUCCCGACCGCCCCGUCGACCCACAACAAGCCCCCCUCCCCCGCCGGAGCCGCCCUCAUCCUGAGCAAACCCCCCUCCCCCUGCGCGCCAGGUCCCAGUAAUCAGAGUCGUCAUCAUUUGGAGUACAGAGCCAUCAUGCAGGAGAUGUCCCCUACAGCGUUUGGUAAGACUCUAUUUCUACCACACCUCCACCUAAGAUGGAGUCAAUUCAAUUCAAUUGUUGAUCUCAAUGAAUUGCCCUGCAACAUUUGGAAUGGUUACAGGCCACUACAGUUACAGUACUACACUAGUAUUCCUACCGCUGCCAUGUUUACUACUGCAGUAGUCGUCCCAUCACAUAGCUGUCAGUCACUUUCUGUUGUUUACAGUCCAACCUCAACAGGAAGUUGCAGGGUGUGUGUGUGAAGUUAUUUGAGGUGAAACUGG